UAGGUUACAAUAUAAAACAAUUUGCCUGCGUUUGUGAAGGAUCACACGAUCACAGAUUUUCUCUUUCUUGGAUUGCGAGCUGUUGAAACUUUCAGUCUGAUCUGGUCUCUUCUGGGCUAUACCGCCCUGUGGCCAUUGACAUCGAUGAUCGUCAGUGCCCCAUGGACCGCUCUCAAUCGCACAACACUCCCCCAGUCAAUGAUGAAGAAGAUGAAUGGGACACUGAUGGAUUUGUGAUUCCAAGCUUGGGAAUAGAAGGGCCAGAUCACUCGAAACCUGAUGCUUCUGCAGUAGAACCAUCAAAACCUCCUUCUCCAAAGGCUAAAAAAGAAGAGAGCAUUUACCUAGGACCUCACGGGGCUCCACCUUCACAAUCAAAGCAGCAAGAGCUGAAUUCUUACGGCCGUAAACAGCGGUUCAAGCAGAAACUGAAGGAAGCAGAUGGGAGAAUUAGUGGAACAGGGAGGGAAAAUAAGUAGUAGGUGGUGGAAACGGAAGUCCCAAUACGGCAAAAGGGUUCUUCCAAGGACUGGCUAGACCUGCGUUGCUAUGAAUCGCAGUUAGAGAAGUGGUCCUCUCAGUGAGUGGACUAGUUGGUACCUAAUAUUAUCUAUCUAGUUUAACUUUGGCGCAAUCUUGUAUUUUUAAGUUAAGAUAUAUUUAUAGAUCAUGUAUUAUGACAAUAAUCCUUCAUCUAUUGGACCAUUUGGUAUUGCUGCUAA